AAAAAAUCGAGGUAAAAUUUAUCAAAUCGCUAAAUCGACCACCCUGAGCCUCCAUCCGGCCGAUUCUGACUCAGCUUUUGCAAUAUUGUAUUACCUUGCUCGAAAUUGUGCAAUUUUUCUUCUUCACGCUAAUUUGUUACAACCAACGCACCAACGCGAGUUCAUUCACAAUGCCUGUCUCCAAGCGUGCCCGCCUGGUCCACGAGUCCAAGACGAGCAAGAAGAACCACAAGGAGCAAACCCGACGACUGUUCGCCAACAUCCGUGAAUGCGUGGAGCAGUAUGAACACCUCUUCGUCUUCUCUGUCGACAACAUGCGCAACACAUAUCUGAAAGACGUGCGCACAGAAUUCUCCGAGAGCCGACUAUUCUUCGGCAAAACAAAAGUCAUGGCUGUGGCACUGGGAAAUACAGCUGAGACCGCAUUCGCCGAGAACCUGGACAAAUUGACGCCGUUCCUGACUGGCGCCGUGGGACUGCUUUUCACUUCUCGAUCCGCCGACGACGUCCUCGCAUACUUUGACUCCUUCGCCCCAUCUGAUUAUGCGCGUGCGGGAACGGUUAGUACCCGUGCAUUCACGAUCCCUAAUGGCGUGGUGUAUUCGCGGGCUGGGGAGAUCCCGAUUACGGAGGAUGAGCCGAUCAGCCACACUGUUGAGCCGACGCUGCGGAAGCUGGGUGUGCCUACGAGGCUUGUUAAGGGGAAAGUCAUGCUUGAGUUGACGGAGGGAGAGGAAGGGCAUCUUGUUUGUCGUGAAGGCGAGACGUUGGACUCGAAACAGACGACGUUAUUGAAGAUGUUUGGCGUGGCGACCUCGGAAUUCCGGGUGGUUAUGAAGGCUCAAUGGGAUAGAGACACUCAUCAAAUCACAAUCCGAGAGAAGUCGGGCGCGGAAAUGGAGCUCGAGUAAAGUAACUACUUUUCUUCUCGUUGAAUGGUUUGAGCAUUUCAGGUGUACGGCGUUUUGAGGGUAUACUGGGAUCUUGAUAAAAGUGUCAUGUUUUGUUGAGUCUUGAUAUAACAGAGCUAUGACGUGCAGCGAUCGAGCAAACGCUUAUACGUGAUUUAACGCUCCUGUCUGUUUGAAGUUUAAGGACUACAUACAUUAUAUGGAUUAUUCAUAGGAAUAGAUAUGACCG